CUAUUCACUCCAAACUAUUUACCGCAGUUUACUGUAGUUCCUUAUUUGAAAAUCAAGCUGAAUAGCAGAAAUUCACAUAUAGAAAAAACCAACAUUUGACUAUCCUUGAUGGAGCUUUUAUUGUCAGGCUACGAGACAACUGGAAAUGAACCGAGCAAUGUAAUCGCUCAUAAUUUACAUACUGGGACAUUGAUUCGCACGUUUCGUCAAAGUACACCAUUUCCACAAGCAGCUUGUUCUACAAAAACGCAUUUGUUGUCCUUUCAAAGGCGCAGACCACAACUAAAUGUACAUGGAUUUGGAAAGGAGAACUUAGAUCAGACUAUCAUCCUUCCGGAAGUCGUUAUAUCUUCCGCUGUCAGUCCAUGUGACUCUUGGCUAAUUGGCGGUACAGAGAAAGGCAGCUUAUAUAUUUGGUCGAUACUUUCCGGAGCUUUAAUUCAUGCGUUUCGUGCUCAUUACCAGCCGUUGACUCACGUUUCUUUUUCAGGCGAUGGAAUGUUAGCUUAUACAGCUUCGAACGAUGGAGACAUCAAUGUAUGGUUAAUGUCUUCUUUGGUUGAUCGGUCAAACAUGGCUGGGCUAACAGGAGGUUCUACGAUAAAACCUUUUAAAAGUCUUUCUGGACAUAAACGGGCUAUCGUCUCUGUUAUCAAUGGCUCCGGUCCUUCUAUAUCUAGUCGUCUAUACACCGCCAGUGAAGACAGCACUGUUCGUGUUUGGGAUGUUAGCACAGGUAACCUUUUGACUACAAUUGCUCUUAAUAGCAUGCCUUCGUGUAUGACGGUUGAUCCAGCCGAACGUAUCAUAUAUGUCGGUAACGAAAAAGGCCUUAUUUGGAUCCCCUUAUACACGAAUUCAACUUCCCUUCCCGAGAACAACUAUAGUACUACGAAGGGUGCUACCCUUCCUUCCUCUGUUCCCUCUGCGGUAGGUGGAAUGGGCAGAGUUGUGGAUGCCAACGAAAGUAAGGAUGCUCAUACAGUGUCUAGUUCCUCUCCUAUCACGACAGUUGCUUUAUCAUUUGACGCUUCUUUAAUUAUUACUGGCGAUAAAGACGGUAAUGUUUUAGUUUGGGACAUUGUAUCCCGACAAGUUUUAAGGCGUCUAAUCCAAUAUCCCUCUCCCGUAACAUUCUUGAAGUGCUUGAUUGAUAAAAUAAAUUUCUUCACCAGCGUCCAAAACGUGUUUCCUGUUUUAAAACGCAUGAUUACGGACGAUUACUUAUAUUCAGAUGUGAAUAUGAUGGUUCAUGAUGAUGGCGUAGAAGCUUUGAUGCAAGCACCUGAUAUCCUGUGUCUUAGUUCUGAAUUAAUGACUCAUAAUACGGAAUCUGGAUGGCGUGCGAAAGCAGAAUCUACAGAGAUGGAACUCAGAGAAACAAGAAGGCUGUUUAUAGAAUUAAGAGGUGUUCAUCAAGCUUUAUGGGAAAAAUAUCUUCAGAAAUAACUGGGGCUCGGAUAUGGUUGAUUACAUUAUUGGGAAAUCGGUUUGGAAAAAUGGUUUCUUCUGUUAUAGAUACUAACAUUUGAUUUAUUUACCUGUAUAAUAAGGAAUUUGUUAAACUACAUAUGAUUCCAUUAGCUUGGCAGACGUGCC